CAUCUGGAAUACAACAAGGACGCAAAACACCAAGAGGUCCUUCACCACAGCCAAAGAUCCAUCCCAGCAGAAGUCACAGACCACGAAGAGCAUCCUACAGAAACAGGAAAUCACACUUCCUGAGUCUGCUACAAAGCACAGAACCUGUUUCCUCUACAUACCCCAAAUUGCCGAAGCUCUGUCCUGCCACAUUUCACUGUGGAAACAGCUAUCAAAUAGUCUGGAAGGACUUUGUCUCCCAAUUUCACAUACAUUUUUUUUCCCAAACUACUGAAAUGGAAAAAGCGAAGUUAUUUGUCCUUCUUUCCAGUUUAUGGAGUGUGGGCAUUGGACUUGAUCACAUUAAGCAUCUUGGGACUACUGCUGAGGAUGAAAACCCCCACAAGAAUAUGACUUCUCUUUCAGCUCCUGUAAAUAACACACAAAGUCUUCAAAUGCUCCCAAGCACCCGGAACCCAUCGACUGAGAUAGCUCCAACUCCUGAGCUGAGAACACCUGAAGCGCAUCCUCUGCAGUCAACGUUGCAGCCCUCAGAGUCAAGCCUGGCUACCGAGGGUGUGAGAAUCCAACUGGCCCCAGGCGCCAGGAAAACAGAGAAAGGAGAGGUAAAGCUACCAGAGCUCGCCUUUCCAACCCAAGCUAGCAUCAGCUCCCAAGCUGGAGCGGAGACAGUGCUGCUUUCCAACUCAACACUGAAAUUUCUUCAAAGCUUUGCCGGAAAGUCAGAGCAACGAGAAAACGCUCUAAAAUCAGCCGGUGGCGUGGGAAAUCGAUCCCCACGAGAAACGUACCUCAGCAGAGGCGAUAGCACUCGGAACCAGAGACCCAGCUCUCAAAAAUCCAGUUUUGAAACAACUAGAGGAAAGAACUGGUGCGCUUAUGUGCACACCAGGCUGUCUCCCACUGCGAUUCUGGACAACCGGCUCUCUUUUGUUCCAAGUGGAAGAGGGCCCUGUGCCUGGACCAGCGGAACCUGUGCUCAGAGAGCUCAGAGAACACCCAAUCCUGUCUAUAGAAUGCAACAUAAAAUUGUUACUUCGUUGGAAUGGAAGUGCUGCCCGGGGUACAGUGGACCAAACUGCCAGCUAAAAGCCCAGGAACAGCAGCAACUGAUGCACAGCAACCAGGCUGAAAGUCACACAGCUGUUGCCAGAGGAACGGUGGAAGAGCUGCAGCUUCAGCAGCAGCAAGACUGUGGCAACUCAGCACUGAUGCAGAAGCUUGCUGACCAGAUGGGCCAGCAGGCAGAGAAGCUGGCUGCUCUGCAGAAGAAGGUGGACAACAUUUCCUUGGCUGUGGACGAUUUAAGGACCACGCAUUCCUCAUUAGAAGCAAAAAUCAGUGAUGAUAAAAACAGAGAAUUUCAAUCUUUUCUAAAAGGUCUGAAAUCCAAAAGUAUUAAUGACCUGGUGAAAAGCACAGUUAGAGAGCAAUUUAAAGUCUUUCAAAGUGAUAUGCAGGAGACUGUAGCACAGCUCUUCAAGACUGUGUCAAGUCUAUCACAGGACCUGGAAAACACCAAGCAAGUCAUCCAACAAGUGAAUCAGUCUGUGGCUUUAAUAGCUGUCCAUCAAAAGUCUGUUUUAAUUCAAGAACAUAAACCCAGUUUAACUGAUAUAGUAGAUCUAAAGAAUCGCGUCUUUAAUGUCAGACAAGAAAUGACUGCUCUAUGUGAGAAACCCAUUAAAGAACUAGAACUGAAGCAAGCUCAUUUAGAAGGUGCUCUAAACCAAGAACACAUGAGGGGCAUUCUAUACUAUGAAUCCCUCAAUAAGACUCUUGCUAAAAUGAAGGAAGCAGGUGAGCAGCUUUUAUCUACCACACAAGAGUCAGAUGGGAAGGAAGCUACCGCUGCUGAAACAGUCAACAGUAACAUCUCUGAGUAUGUAUCUGCUCUGGAUGAGAAGAUAAGCAAGCAGGGCUUGAUGUUGCUGAAAAUAUUUGAUGAUUUCCACAGCCAAAAAAGCAAGGUUAACAAUCUCACCAUCAGUUUAGAGAGGGAGAAAGAAUCCAUCAGGAGCGAAUGUGAGGACAUGCUGGCCAAGUAUAGAAAUGAUUUUAAACUUCAGCUUAAGGACACAGAAGAGAAUUUACUGGUGUUAAACCAGACACUGGCUGAAGUUCUCUUUCCAAUGGACAACAAGAUGGAUAAAAUGGGUGAGCAACUAAAUGAUUUGACAUAUGACAUGGAGAUUCUGCAACCCCUUCUGGAACGGGGAGCAUCCCUUCAACAGGCAGUGACGUAUGACCAACCAAAGGAAGCAGCGCUUAUAAAGAAAAAGGUGGAAGAUCUGAUUAGUGCUGUCAACAGUCUAAAUUUUCUUAGCAAAGAGCUUACAAAAAGACACAACCUGCUUAGAAAUGAAGUACAGAGACAGGGUGAGACCUUUGAACAACGUAUUCGCGAAUAUGGAUUGGAAAUGGAGGAUGGCCUAAAUAAAACAAUGACUAUUAUGAAUAAUGCCAUUGAUUUCAUUCAAGACAACUAUGUGCUGAAAAAGAAUUUAUAUACUACUAAGUAUAAUUCUGAAGUCCAUCAUAAAUGCAACCAAAACAUGGAGACUGUAUUGGCACUUAUUGCUCAAUUCCAAAGUUUGAAUGAUUCCAUUCAGAUUUUGGUCAAUGACAAGCAGAGACACAAUUUUGUCUUAGAAGUUGCCAAGGCCCUUGCAGACAUUCCUGAAGAUGAGAAACUACAUCAGUCCCACUUUCAAAAGAUUUACCAAAUAUUCAAUGAAACUGCUUCCCAACAAAUAAAAUUACAAGAAAAUGUAAGUCAUUUGGAAGAAAAUUUAAUCUUGGUUACUAAAAGUUUUAAAAAUUUUGAAACUCGGCUGAAAGUCAUUGAAUCUAAAGUGACCCAAACACUCCUACCUUACUAUAUUUCACUUAAAACAAGCAUGACCACAAAUGAGAGAGACCAAGCUCUUCAAUUACAAGUAUUGAAUUCCAGGUUUAAGGCUCUGGAAGCAAAAUCCAUCCGCCUGUCAAUUAAUUUCUCUUUGAUUAACAAAACUCUUCAUGAAUUUCUAAUGAUGUGUCACAGUGAUUCUACAAGUGCAUCAGAACUGAAUAUUACCACAGCGAAGUGGGUAAAAGGUUCCUUGCCAGAUCGUCAGCAGAAAUGUCUGACAGAGUUUGUGGAAUCAAUAGUUGAAAUAAAGACUCAGGCUGCUCUGUCUAAUUUCACUCAGUUUAUAGAGCGCUUAAGAUCUGAUAGUCUGACAAACAUUGUCGAAUCUCAGAAGCAAGUAAAAAAGCCAAAGAAACUUAAUACAUUUAAGAAACCAACAGUAAAUCUUACCACUAUCCUCAUAAACCGGGCCCAAAGAAACACAGACAACAUUGUAUUUCCAGUAAUCGAGGAGGAGUCCAGCUGCAGCAGUUUCCCGUGCCAGAAUGGAGGCACCUGCAUAAAUGGGAGAGCCAGCUUUACCUGUGCUUGCCGGCACCCUUUCUCAGGCAAAAACUGCACCGUCAAGCUGGUGGAGGAAUCUGCUUUGGCUCCAGAUUUUUCCAAAGGAUCUUACAGAUACGCACCAAUGGUGGCAUUUUUUGCAUCUCAUACAUAUGGAAUGACUACACCUGGCCCUAUCAUUUUUAAUGAUCUGGUGCUUAAUUAUGGAGCUUCCUAUAACCCAAACAAUGGAAAAUUUCACAUUCCUUACCUUGGGGUAUAUGUUUUCAAAUACACUAUUGAGUCCUUCAGUACUCAUAUCCGUGGAUUCUUAGUGGUGGACGGAGUAGACAAGCUCACAUUUGAAUCUGAAAAUUCUAACAGUGAAGUACACUGCGAUAGGGUUCUGACUGGGGAUGCCUUAUUGGAGUUAAAUUAUGGGCAGGAAGUGUGGUUGCGACUUGUGAAAGGAGCUAUUCCAGUCAAGAUUCCCCCUGUUACUACAUUUAGCGGUUACUUGUUGUAUCGUACGUAAGUCAGCAUGAAAGACAGACUUUUCCAGCUAGUGUUGUUAUUUGUCUUUGCAUUCACAGCUACUACACUAAGUGAAAGCCAAUAGUUUUUCCAAUUUGAGUAAAACCAUAUGAGUAUCUAUUCAUAAAAUUGUUUGCAUACCUUUUAUAAAGCCUGUAUAUGAAGGAGCUCUUGCUCCUAAAGCAAUUUAGAGGCUCAGGAAACAAAAUGCCUUGGUGAGGUUAAGUAUUUUUAUUUUUGUUUCUUUAUUUUCAGUCACUUCAAUAUAAAGUAUUACUAUAAAAUGUCAGCCACAUAAUAUUAUUAGUCACCAUGGUCUUUCCAGUACAAAACUCAAUUGUCUGGUAUUCAAUGUAUAUAAAACUGAGAUAAUUUUUCAAUAACAGAUUAAUAAGCAACUAGAUUAAUAAAUUCAAAUAAAUUACUCAAAGACCAUUAAGUGCUUUUUAAAACUGCU